ACUUAUUUUAAGGCCGGGGUAGCCCCUCGGCACCAGAGGUUCUUAGGAUUGAGGAACUGCACGGUGUGCUACUUAGAAUAGGCUCGAGCGGCAUCGGCUGUGGUGUCAGCUGUGGCUUCGGUGGAGGACGAACCAAAGUUAUUGGAGCAAUUGGUAUAGAAGUUCAUCAUGAUGGAUCAUGCCAGAUCAGCAAUCUCCAAUUUGUUUAGUGGAGAGCCACUUUCAUAUACCCGUUUUAGUUUGGCCCGCCAAAUGGAUGGUGACAGUAGUCAUGUGGAGAUGAAACUGGCUGCAGACGAAGAAGAUGGUGGUGAAAGCAACAUAGAGAAUAAUCGUCCCCAUUUUCCCAAAAGAAAAACCAUUGGUGGAAACAUCUGCUUUGGGAUUAUUGCUAUUACAAUCUUUUUCCUGAUUGGAUUUAUGGUUGGCUACUUAGGUUAUUGUAAACAAUUAGAAACAAAUGGUAAAUGUUCGAGUAGUUCCAAUGGAGAAACGGAGCAAACUGAAGAAUCACUGCCAGAUGAUUCACCAGGUGAAACAAUCAUGGAACCUCAACCUGCAUUGUCUUGGAAUGAUCUCAAGCAGAUGUUGUCAAAGACACUGGAUGCUGAAAAGCUUAUUAACACAGUCAGGACUUUGAGUGAGAAAUAUUCUUCUCAUGAGGCUGGAUCUAAAGAAGAUGAGAUGUUUGGAUAUUUUAUUUAUCAGCAAUUUAGGGACUUAAAAAUGGACAAAGUCUGGAAAGAUAAACACUAUGUUAAAUUACAAUUCAAAAGCAGUGGUGCUCAGAAUGUAGUGACCAUAUUGAAUGAGAGCAAUGAUCUUAUGGAAAUGAAUGGUUAUGUGGCAUACAGUGUCAAUUCAACAGCAAAUGGUACGCUAAUUUAUGCUAAUUAUGGCUCCAAAAAUGACUUUGAACAACUAAAAUCGCAACAGGUUACCAUUGAUGGAUCCAUGGUGUUAGUUAGAGCGGGGAAACUUUCUUUUGCAGAGAAGGUUGAAAACGCUGAAGCAUAUAAUGCAGUUGGUGUCUUGAUAUACCUUGCUCGUGAUGACUUUGAUAUCAUUGAUGCAGAUAUUGUACCCUUUGGGCAUGCUCAUCUAGGAACAGGUGAUCCCUUUACACCUGGAUUCCCUUCCUUCAAUCACACUCAAUUCCCACCAUCACAGUCAUCAGGAUUACCUACUAUUCCUGUCCAAACAAUCUCUAGAUCACAGGCAUUGAAACUCUUCAGUAAAAUGAAUGGUGCUGACUGCCCCCAAGGCUGGGAUGGGGAUAGUAAAUGUAAGAUAAGCUCAGAAGUGAAUGUGAGACUUACUGUCAACAAUGUACUAGAAGAAAGAAAACUCCUCAAUAUUUUUGGAGUUGUCAAAGGCAUCGAUGAACCAGAUCGCUAUGUUGUCAUAGGGGCACAGAGGGAUGCCUGGGGCCCUGGAGCUGCCAAAUCUCUUGUGGGGACAUCUCUUCUCUUAGAGGUUGCUCGUGCUUACUCUGAUUUGGUGAAAGGUGGGUAUAAACCCAGAAGAAGUGUUGUCUUUGCCAGCUGGAGUGGUGGAGAAUUUGGAGCUGUUGGUGCCACUGAGUGGCUGGAGGGUUACCUUUCCACAUUGCAUCAAAAGGCCAUCACUUACAUAAACCUGGAUACUGCAGUUCUUGGUUCAAGUAACUUCAAAGUUUCUGCCAGUCCACUGUUGUAUACACUCAUUGAGAAGACCAUGAAAGAGGUGAACCAUCCGGUUACAGGAACAGCUCUCUUCAGAGACACUAACUGGAUCAGCGAGGUGGAACCCCUUACAUUGGAUAAUGCUGCUUAUCCUUUUCUUGCUUAUUCUGGAAUCCCAUCAGUUUCAUUUUGUUUUUGUGAGAAUAAGGCUUAUAAGUAUUUGGGCACCAGCUUGGAUUCUUAUAAUGAACUGAUAAAAAGUAUUCCUCAACUGAAAAAACUGAUGUAUGGAGCUGCAGAAGUGACUAGCCAAAUGGUGAUUAGGCUCACACGUGACCAUGAGUUGUACCUAGACUAUGAAAGGUACAAUGAAGAAUUAUUCAGUUUUGUAAAGAAACUUGUGCCCUACAUGUCAAAUUUAAAGGAAAUGAAUUUGAGUUUGCAGUGGCUCUUCUCUGCUCGGGGUGAUUUUAGCAGGGCUACUCGUGACCUGACAAAUGACCUUUUUCGUACAGAUACUGCCAAUAGACUCGUUAAUAGAGAAAUCAAUGAUCGUAUCAUGAAAGUGGAAUACAGUCUCCUGUCUCCCUAUGUCUCUCCAAAGGAAAGUCCUUUUCGACAUAUCUUCUGGGGAUCUGGCUCUCAUACGCUUUCAGCUUUGUUAGAUCAUAUAAAACAUUUUAAUAAGAGAGACGGUAACUUCAAUGAAACACUGUUCAGAAACCAGUUAGCCCUUGCUACCUGGACCAUUCAAGGAGCUGCAAAUGCACUUGCUGGUAAUAUUUGGGACAUAGACAAUGAAUUUUAGAUAAAAUUCCCAGUUUGUCUAAGAACAGUAAGGCAGAGUAGUCCUCAAAUUAUCACAGGUCUUCAGUAUUUUCAGCAAGACUAUAAAAGUUAAAAGCUUUGUUAAGAUGUAAAAGAGUUAAAUCCUACCUAGCAAUUAGUACAAAAUAGGUACUUAAGGCCAGGUGAAUGUUUUAUACCCCUGCCAAACUGAACUCAAUCUCUUGAAGAAUCACUAAGACUCUGCCCUCUAGUAAUCCGUAAACUCCAUCUAAGGUUAUGUGCAGGUCUCGCUGCCUCUCAACUGAUCCCCUUUGUGCAAAACCAAAAGCUGUUGGGGGUAUCCGAGAUCCCAGGCACUAAAAGUCCUGAUCCAACAACCCUUACCCUGAACAAGGGAAGGAAGAAACUCCUGAGGACUUUCAGAGUCCACUUGUAUUACUUUAUCUCUUGAUUGUGGAACAAGAGACUAGGUUAUGAGAUAGAAGAUUCUCCCUGGGAAACAGAGCCAGCCAGGGAGAAGACUAGGACUUCUUUGCCAGGAGUGUCUAAAAGAGAGUUAAUUCCACCUGAGUAAAUUGCAUUUGGGAAUUAUCACAAGAGCCUGACCCUGAGCCCUAUCCUAGAAUUCUUCCUGAAAAGAGGAGACCAGAAGCCAAAGAACUUUUUGAUAAUAACCUUUUCCUCCCGUCUCCCCCUCUUCUAUCCCCUCCCCAAGAAGAAAAUUGGCUUAGUGACUUUUCCAUGUAGUCCUCUGAUCUAUGUCAGAUUGAUAUGGACUCUUUUGAAAAGCUAUCACUCUUGCUCAGUUUGUCAGAUCUAAACUAUAUUUGCCAAAUUUUGGCCAAAAAGUUAACCUCAUGGGAAAGCUUUCUAUUAUUUGGCACUGAGAUAUAUUUAUUUGUCUUUAUUUAUCAGUGACAGAGUUCACUAUAAAUGGUAUUUCAUUUUUUUAUAGAAGAUAAUUAUCGGAAGCAGUGCCUUCCAUAAUUAUGACAGUUAUACUGUCGUUUUUUUGAAUUAAAAGCAGCAUCUGCUAUAUAAACUGAACAGAUACUAGAAGUUUUGCAUUUGACUUGUUUGUGUGCUACCAUCUGACAGGUCUUGCCUCUAAAAUGUAAAUUAACUUGUGUGGUUGAUGAAAUGUAAUCAAAUAAUAUCCUACUGAGCAGAAUGGGACAAGAUUAGAAGAUACAUAUUUUAGGCAAAAUUGACUCAUUUCCCAAAUGUACUUGGUGUAUGAAGAUAAUGAAGUUAAUGAAAUAAAUCCAAUUACUACUCUCGACCAAGUUUUUAGUAGUGGUGGUCAUCUGUGUAAAAUGUUGCAUCUUCAAAUUGGCACAACUGUAUUGCAUCAGGAUUUCAGUGCAAAACUUCCAGUACCUCUUUCACAAAUCUAGCUCACAUUAUCGGAAGCAGUGUCUUCCAUAAUGAGUAAAGAACAAGGUAGUUUUUGCCUACCACGGUGUUUAUAUCGGAGACAGUGAUCUCCAUAUGUUACACUAAGGGUGUACGUAAUUAUCGGGGACAGCGUUUCCCAUAAUUUUCUUCAUGCAAUGACAUCUUCAAAGCCUGAAGAUCGUUAGUAUCUAACAUGUAUUUUCAACAUCUUUUUAUUCUCUUACCACUUUUAGUUGCAAAAGCAUAGCUUAUAGUCAGCACUGUUUAGUAAUGUCCAGUCUAGUGUAAAUCAAAACUUUCAGAUUUUUGUGGGUCCCUCUCCCCAACUUAAUGUGGGGUGUUUUCCUUAUACUUGCUUGGUUCCUCAAUUUUUUGUUAGGCUACUACAUCAGGGUCUUCUAGUUUUAACAUUCGCAACAAAUGAAUGUGCUUACUUUCCAGUUGGAUGCAUUUCUUGAUGACCUGGGCCUAAUGAAAAGUUUGGAUUUUGUUUUUUUUGGGUUUAGGUUCUUUUUAGCUGGAAGUAGGAUUGAAUGGGGUAGAGUGGGAGAAAGCUUACAGGGAUCUCUCAACAUGUUUAUUUGCUUAAGGUCUGUGUUGGUCAAGAGGGUUUCCUCUUUUACUAAAUGCUUCCUCAUCCAAAAUCACCAUAUACACCAAAACAAUGGCUGGUCCAUUAAGGUGUCUUCAAGUGAAAUUGAAUUCAUUCCUGUCUCAAUUUUUGUGCAAUCUUAUCUUGGCCUCACCAGUGAUUUAGGGAUGGUAAAUCAGUAUUUAAUGGUAGCCAUUUACGUGAUUGGGAGGCAGCAUGGUUGGGCCCAUUGCUCCUGAUUAUUCAUAGCUAAGCUUGUUGUCUUUAUGGCAUGCUCUUCUAUAGAACCAAGAGCAUGCAUGUUCUACUAGUAUACAAGUUUUGUAAGGAGUAAUAUUUUCUUCUGGUUCAAAUAAUUUUUUUAUUAAUUGGCAUAAGCCAUGUAUCCCAGGGCGUUUCCAUAAUGGUCAGAAUUGUAGUUCUAUUGUAGAAGGUUUUUCUGUGCAGCUUAAGAUCAAAGAAGGUAGGUAAUAUUUAGGUAAAAUUCUCACAAAUCAUUAGGGCCUAGGUAGAAAGUAUAUAACUGGGUCUAAGAGUUUAAAUGCUAACUGGACCUAUGAGUAGGAAGCCAGCCACAGUGGGCCUGGAAACCUAGGGGGUAGAGCUGAUUUUGGUUGAAGUAGUAAAAUACUCAAAUGAGAACUUUGAAGAAGAGAGAGUUCCCAUGCUGACAGUAGUUGAGAGAUGCUAGUAAAGUUUUUCUGUUCUUAAAAGCAUGGGCAAUUGAGGUAUAAGAUCAAAGAGGGGACAUCUUGUGCUCAUUACUUGUUUUUGGUAUUGGGUAACUUCUCCCUAGUUCUUGCAUGCAUCUAUCUUACUGUACUUAUCAUCAAUGUUCAUCCUCUAAAACUUUCAGCAAGUUGAAAAUGUAUUAGAGUUAUGAUUGUACUUCUCAGCUAUGUUUUUGGUGCAUAGAUUAUUGCUGUUACUAGUUGCUGGCUGGUAUGCAAAAUAUUGUAGAAGUUUCUUGUUACCUGACUAAAUAAAAUGCCCAAAGACAUUUA